UUGGUGAUAUACUUUGCGUGCAGGACACGCCAACGCUGACUAAUUGGUAUUUUCUCAAUCAUACAUGCUAGUAUUAAAUUGGCAAAGCAAAUCUAGCCCUUGGAAUGGAUGCUAGACCUCGAUAAUGCCAUCUCUCCACUCGAAAUAAAAGGCACGCAUCGCACCUAGACAGAAACCAAGUGGUCUCUUCAUCAAAUCUAUUAUUGACAGCUAACGAUCACGCAUAAUUGAACGUUCUUCCUCGACGGGCUUCAAUACGAUGACAACCUACAUUGCCUCCCUCACCCUGCCGAGUUUUGUCUUUGAGCAACCAGCUGUCUCAGUCCUCCUGCCCGUGCUGUGCGGUGCCGGAAUCGGUUAUUCAACCAGUCCGGACCGCACGCAACGGACAUAUCGUGCUCUGAAACAGCCUCCGCUGCAACCUCCUGCAUGGGUUUUUGGACCUGUAUGGACUGCUCUGUAUGCUACGAUGGGGUACACGGCCUACCGCGCCUGGACUACGGGGACUACUUCAUUUGAUCCGGAGACUGUCAAUCUUGCCAAGCAAGGUGCAACACUCUACAGCAUCCAACUCGGCCUAAAUCUUAUCUGGAUGCCUUUGUUUUUUGGUAUUGGUCGGCCCAUUGAAGCUGUUGCGGAUAUCGUCGCCCUCACUGGAAUCACAGGGUACCUUGCAUACACUUGGGGCCAAGUUGACCCAGUCUGCGGAUGGCUUCUCGCUCCAUAUCUUUCGUGGCUCGGCUUUGCCACAUACUUGAGCGCUAGCUGCGGGUAUCUCAAUAAUUGGGAUUUUAGUACUAUCAUCAAGAGGGAUUAAUGAAAUGGCCCAAACUGCUUUCGGUGGCGGGUCUGCAAAGAGAGAUCAUUUUUCAAUGUAUCCUAGACUGCUAUUAUGCUCUCAUUUCGAUCUAGGAUAAGGCAUCGGUCAUGAAGAUUCAUUUGCGAUGGGAAAAAAUAAGCCUUGACGUCGGGAGUAACUAUAUGAGGGCAUUGGCUUUCUUCCCUAUUUUCAAUUAAAC